UCUCAGCACACCCAGCUGGGCCUGAGACCCUCCUGGAACCUCCUCAAGGGACACACUCACUCUGCCCCUCGCGUCUCCUGAGCAGCUCCAUGUGGCCCCUAUGGCUCUGCUGGGCACUGUGGGUGCUGCCCCUGAUGGCCCCUGGGGCGGCCCUGAGUGAAGAGCAGCUCCGGGACAGCCUGCUGCAGCAGCUGCACCUGAGUGAGCCGCCUGUGCUGGACCAGGCCGCAGCGGAGGAGCCGGCCAUCCCUGCCCACGUGAGGGCCCGGUAUGUGGCCCUGCUGCAGCAAAGUCACGGGGACCAUUCCCGGGGGAAGAGGUUCAGCCAGAGCUUCCGAGAGGUGGCCGGCAGGCUCCUGGCGUCCGAGGCCAACACGCACCUGCUGGUGUUCGGCAUGGAGCAGCGGCUGCCGCCCGACAGCGAGCUGGUGCAGGCCACGCUGCGGCUCUUCCAGGAGCCGGUCCCCAGGGCGGCGCUCCCCAGGCCCGAGCGGCAGUCCCCGCGCAGCGCGCGGGCCCAGGUCACCGUCGAGUGGCUGCGCCUCCGCGACGACGGCUCCAACCGCACCUCCCUCGUGGACUCCAGGCUGGUGUCCGUCCACGAGAGCGGCUGGAAGGCCUUCGACGUGACCGAGGCCGUGAACUUCUGGCAGCAGCUGAGCCGGCCCCGGCAGCCGCUGCUGCUGCAGGUGUCGGUGCAGAGGGAGCGCCUGGGCCCGGGGGCGCCCAGCGCCCACAAGCGGGUGCGCUUUGCGGGGCAGGGGGCGCCGGGCGGGCGAGGCGAGCCCCAGUUGGAGCUGCACACCCUGGACCUCAAGGACUAUGGAGCUCGGGACGAUUGCGACCCCGAGGCGCCAGCGACCGAGGGCACCCGCUGCUGCCGCCGGGAGAUGUACAUCGACCUGCAGGGGAUGAAGUGGGCCGAGGACUGGGUCCUGGAGCCCCCGGGCUUCCUGGCUUACGAGUGUGUGGGCACCUGCCAGCAGCCCCCCGAGUCCCUGACCUCCCAGUGGCCGUAUCUGGGGCCUCGGCAGUGCGUUGCCUCGGAGAUGGCUUCGCUGCCCGUGAUCGUCAGCGUCCAGGAGGGAGGCCGGAGCAGGCCCCGGGUGGUCAGCCUGCCCAACAUGAGGGUGCAGAAGUGCAGCUGUGCCUCCGACGGGGCUCUGGUACCUCGGAGCCUGGAGCCUUAGGUGCCUGGUGCGGUCACCAAGGGACUUGACUUCUGUGUCUGAAGUGUUCUAGGUCACCAGGGGAGCUGGCAAUUACUGAACUGUUGAUGGGCAGCAAAUGCUCUCUACUGAGGUCUAAAUUUGCUUCCUCUGACAUGUUAGUUCACCUCAUUUUCGCUUCCCAGGAAUAAGUCCUUGGCCACUGGGUGGCCCCUGCUCCAUCUUCUCUGUUUAGAUUAUGUACUGCACUAUAUCCUAAGCACUUACUUGUGGAGAUACUGUAACCGAAGGGCAGAAACCCCAAUUUGCUAUUGUUUUCUUGUCCUACCACUGGAUCUGGGCU